GCCAUAUUUAAUCCUCGUGUGGUGAAAGUAUCGUAGAAAAUGUGUUAUUUUAUAAGAAAAUAUUUAUAUUUGAAUGUAAGCUUUUAAUAGUUAAGUGCAAUCAUGGAAAAGGACCUUAACGACAGUGCAGUGCAUAAUACUUACUUGAGGGAAUCUGAUAGUGACAAGUCAUUUGUUGGAAAAGUUAAAUCUAUAAUAAGUAAUACCCCGUUAUCCAAAUGGUUUCGAAAACAAGAUGACAACAGGCCCGUUAUAAGGAGGCGUGAUGAGGUUUUCGAAGACGAAGACAUUUCCGAGAUACAGCCCCCCUCGAAGAAGGCAAAGUUACCUGCAGGGGACGGGGGAAAUCAACGUAAUAAUGUACUCUUCAAUGAAACUCGCAACCCUGCACCAAACAGUGUGUCAAACCAUAUAUUCAACAAAAUCCCCGAACCGGUGGCUGGUCCGUCUGGUCUGAAGUCCCACAAAUUACUUAGCGGCGCCACGACCGUCACAGCGAGUGGCACACGGGGCACAUUCAGUAGCAACGAGUUAUUAAACGGACAUUCCGAUAGUGAAGAAUCUACAAGUGGUUAUUCUUCCGUGGUGAGGAUCGGCAGCAAGGAACAAGUUUGUGGGAGCCAGGAGAGUUCCAAGCAGGCCUCACCCAUGCAAACCAGUCCGAGUAAUCCCAGGUCUCUGUUUCAUAAGUCAAAUGUAAGGUCGAAUAGGUCACUAUUUUCGGAAAGAAGCCCCAACAUGAACACUUCUUUGAGUUCGAGGAGACCUAAUUUCAACGCCUCCACUUUUGGUUCGCCAAAUUUCAUCGAUAAAACAAUCUCCACGAAAAGAAUUAUUAAUUCACCAUUUUAUAACGGGAAAACUAUAUACGGCGGAGCGUCGGCAUAUGGCCGCAGUUUGGGUAGAAGCUCGCAGGACCUGAAAACGUCCCUAAGAAAUUCCAUUCAUAUUAAACCCGUUAAUAAGACAGAGAAUGGGAAUUUAGUGCUGGGGAAGACGGCGCGGAGAAUAUUAGACACCAUAGAACAAUACGGUUCGCCUGUUAACGACGCCAAGAAAAUUCCCAUUGUCUCGAGAAAGUUACGACAGGACGGUUUAUUGUCGAAAUACACCGGAGCGAAUCCCUAUACCCUCCGGGAAACCAGGGGCCCACCUAAUAAGGAACUUCAAGUACCGACGGUCCCGGAACUGUUAAAGAUGAAAACUCGUUUACAGGAAAGCACGGAGUCCGUUAGACAGUUAGCGACUUCGUCAAAAUCCAAUUUAAACACCGAGUACUACAAAAUAUCAACUAAAGAAGACGAGAAAGAGAAACACACGGGCAAAAUAAAAACUAAAGUCACCUCGGUGAGAUCAAAGUACGGGAGCAACGAAGCCGUUGGCGAAGUAAAUCUCGCACCUGUGUCUCUCCCGAUAACGACCCUCCCGAAAUUCGAUUUCGUAAUCCCACCUCCCCGUCCCACCAAAACCGUUCUGGAUAACCCGACACAAACCCACACUUCCAAACCGCCUAACACUCGAACUUCCCCGAGAAUUACACAGACUGAGACGAGCGUACAAAUAGAGAAACGAACCACCACAUCCACCAUCAUGGAAUACAAGUUUUCCGAGCCGCUUGUCAUAGCCGAGAACGGGAAAUCUAUCGUGGCGAUAAACAACUUUAAGUUUAGCGAACCCCCCGCCUGCACCAAAAAAUCCGCAAUGUUGAACUUCAAGAUGCCCGAGAACAAACCACCGUCACUAAUUGGCAAGAAAAUAAGCGAAAGCCCGGUCAAAACGGCAAAAGCAUUGAAGUCGGGCAGCAUAACGGAUAUUUUAGGAACGGUGCACUCAAUUUUGGAUAAGUUCAAGCCGGCCCAGGGCACGUGGGAGUGCCCGGUGUGCAUGAUCAGGAACAAGCCGGACAAAACGAGAUGUGCCGCCUGCGAAAUGCCAAGAACGGCACCCGUGAAACCCGCUGAAACUAAAAGCACCUUCGGCUCCCAGUUCAAGUUGUCCCCCGACAAAUGGGAGUGCGGCUCGUGCAUGGUGCACAAUAACGACGCAGACAGUAAAUGCGUCAGUUGUACCGCACCUAAACCGAGCUCGGCGACGGAUAAACACGUUCCGUCUGGGUUCGGCGAUAAAUUCAAGCCGUCUGGUGAUACUUGGGAGUGCGACACCUGCAUGAUCCGUAACAAAAGCGACCUGAGUAAAUGCGCUGCUUGCGAAACGCCGAACCCCAAAGCCGGAUCGCAGAAGACGGGUCCGAGCGGCGGCAUUACAGGGUUUGGCAGUGCGUUUAAAUCGAAGAACGACGAGUGGGAGUGCGGUACCUGCAUGGUACGGAACAAGGAAUCCAACACGAAAUGCCAGUGUUGCGAAACUCCCAAUCCUAAGAGCGCCCCAUCGAACAGCCCCGCUUUGGGGUUGCUGAAAGACAAGAAGCCCAUGUCUUCGUUCAAUUUUGGCAUCGACAAAGCCGCAGCGACUAGCUUCAGUUUCGGUAUUCCGACAACCGUCGCGGUUUCUAAGACGGACGCACAUGUGGGGUCUGUCUUUGGGAAUAACUCCAAACCGGCUGCGACCACCCCGGCUAUUUUUUCGUUUGGUAUUCCUCCGCCCGCUCAGGAAAAACCAAAAACCCCUGUGUCUUCGGCUCCUAAACCGUCCGUGGAGCCUCCCAAACCUAAUGCGACAGCUCCAGUAUUACCCACCGCUAGUAAUCCUUUGAAACCCGAAGAAAAACUACCGGCGAAGACGGAAAGCGCCCCUAGCGAAUUUAAAUUGACUCCCGUCGUGAAUAAGGAACCGAAUAUCUUAAAACCGGAAGCACCCGACAGUAAUAAACCUGCUUUUAAUCCGAAGCUCCCAACGGCCAACGGGGAAAUCAACAGCAAUCCGUUUGGUAAUAAAACGGACACGACGGCUGCACCGCCGGUAACCAGCUCGGGGGUUUUUGCUUUUGGAACAAAGCCGGCGGUGGUCGCUGCUCCCAUAGUACCAACCACGCAGCCUAGUCAAUCGGAACCGGCAAAGCUCUUGUUUAAAUUCGGGUCCGCUACGGAAAACCCCCCGUCUUUCCCCUCGGCAAAGCCAGCGGCGACCUCUCUAAACAACGGAUUUGGAAGUACAAACACCGCUUCCUUCGGCGUGUCCAACAAACCAAUGACGAAUUCCACGGAAGUGAAGCCUUUUGCUUUUACCAGCGGUUCAACGGCCAAGGAUGCCUCCGAACCGGCCAGUAAGGUUCCCAUGUUCUCGUUCAGGCAGUCUGCCAGUACCGCGACGACUCCUAAAUCGUCGGGAUUCAACUUCGGUCCCACCACUACCCCUUCCUUCAACUUCACCGCCGGCAAGACGGAAAGUCCCGCUUUCAACGCUACUCCGGCCGCUAAUAUGUUUGGGGGAGCGACCAACGCGGCCCCCCAGAACGGGACGUUCAAUUUUGGAAGUAUGGCUUCGAGCAACAACAACCAGAAGGCCGGUUUCAGUUUCGGCGCUGCCGUUAACAAUGCGGGCGGCUCGGGUUCUCAGUCGGGGUUCGGUUUUGGAGCACCCGCCUCUACGUUUGCAUCGACGUCGGGAGGGUUUAACUUCACGGGGGUGGCGCCCGCUUUCAACGCGUCUGCCAAGCCCUCGUUUAACUUUACGGAUGGGAGUGUGACGACUUUUUCGGCCCAGCCGUCGACGGACGGCGGCGUCGCGGCGCCCAGGAAGAUAAAGAAGGCCGUCCGGAGGACGCAGCGAUAGUUCGAGGGACCUGUAAAUAAUUCAUGAAUGUUUGUCCAGUGUAGUACCGUGUGGCAUAAUGUAAGAGGUGUGUGUUUGCGCUACAUUUAUUCACUCAUAUAAUAUUAUAAAUAUAAAACAACUAAUAUUAAUAAAGUGCGGAUGUUGGUAUUAAGAGACGACAGAAGUGGAUUUGUUUUCAGACCUAUAAAUGUUAGCUAGGUACUAAAAUAUCAACGGGCCAUCUGUGAAGAUUCAACGGUCGGGCAUUCCCCCGCAAUGUUGUUAACGCGACGUUUGUUAUCCAAAAAAAUGAAGUACGCACGUCGUAACGGGAAUGCCUUGGACGGGAUAAUGUUCACGGAGGCGCCCCGGAGGGGUGUAACUCGCGUUACGAACACCUCAAGUGUUACUCCUACAUUGUAUACCGUAGUGUAGGGCAUUCGAAAGGUCUGAUCCAUAGAAUGUAGAAUUUUAACUAUGACGUUUGGUGGGACGUUUUCAUCGGUUGUGCGAUGGAGACCCGGGAAAACUUUUGAUGAAUGGUUAUUUAACAUAUAAUAUUUAUAUGACUCGCCGUUACUGGCCCUUUUCUGUGAUAUUCUCAUGGGUCAGGCCCCAUACAUAAUAUAUACAUUAUAUAAAUGGUUAUUAAUUGCACACAGACAAAACGCAUUGCCGGAACUUUUACCGGGGAAGACGUUAGAUUUCAUUAGAGGCGGAUUCGCAGCUGGCGAUCGGACGAGAGGUUUAUUGCGGUGCAAUAGUGAUAUAUUUUUUUAUUGCAAUCUUACCGUUUUGUCUGUGCUAAGGUUUGAAAGUAGCCUCACUCCUUAUUUUUUUUUUUUAUCGACGAUCGACCUUUUUGUAGAACGCGUUGCAGGAGAAACUUUUCCCUACGAUAUCGCUUUGGUCACCAGUUAAAUCUAUGACGGGUUAAAUUAAAAAGCGACCCACCUAUUUUCUUACGUUCUGGGAAAUAUCCCGACCCGUAAACGUCACUCAAUUCGUUCAGCUCGAAUAUUAGAAUAAAUAAAAUUUCAUUGAGACACAUAUUUGAACAUACAGUAAAGCCCAUUCACAGGAAUUUUUUUAGGAUAUACGAUUAUACAGGGUGUUCCUAAAUAUCAGGUACAUAAGGGAGGGGGUAAUUCUUUGGC